CUCCUCUCUAUCUGCUCGCUUGACUUGCUUCGUUCACACCUCAGAGACAGCAGAACGCACUCCCCCUAGAACCUUCCGCUUCCUUCUAGAACCUUCCAUCCCGCUCCGUCGCAGCACAACGCUUCCUCCUCCUCCUCUCACCCCGAUAUGGCGACCAUGGAGAACGUGAUCGUGCUCGUGAACCGCAUCCAGCGCGCCUGCACCGCCCUCGGCGACCACGGCGCCGGAGACGACGCCGCCUCCCUCCCCACCCUGUGGGAAGCGCUCCCGUCCGUCGCCGUCGUCGGUGGCCAGAGUUCGGGGAAAUCAUCGGUGCUGGAGAGCAUCGUGGGGCGAGACUUCCUGCCUAGAGGCUCAGGGAUCGUGACGCGGAGGCCACUGGUGCUGCAGCUGCACAAGACGGAUGAUGGGGUGCAGGAGUACGCCGAGUUCCUGCAUAUGCCCAAGCGCCGCUUCACUGAUUUCGCUCUUGUGCGGAAGGAAAUACAAGAUGAAACUGACAGGUUAACGGGGAAGACAAAGCAAAUAUCUCCUGUUCCGAUUCAUCUCAGCAUAUACUCUCCACAUGUGGUAAACUUAACAUUGAUUGAUCUGCCGGGUCUAACAAAAGUUGCUGUAGAGGGGCAACCUGAAAGCAUUGUCCAGGAUAUUGAAAAUAUGGUGCGCUCAUAUGUUGAUAAGCCAAAUUGUAUUAUACUUGCCAUAUCUCCCGCCAAUCAAGAUAUAGCAACAUCGGACGCUAUCAAGCUUGCUCGGGAUGUUGAUCCAACUGGUGAUAGGACGUUUGGUGUGUUGACUAAACUUGAUUUGAUGGACAAGGGAACAAAUGCACUUGAUGUUCUUGAAGGAAGAGCUUACAGACUGCAGCACCCAUGGGUUGGAAUUGUGAACCGUUCACAAGCAGAUAUCAACAGGAAUGUUGACAUGAUUAUUGCUAGGCGAAAAGAACAAGAGUUCUUUGCUUCUAGUCCUGAAUAUUCUCAUCUAGCCAGCAGGAUGGGUUCAGAAUAUCUUGCCAAACUUCUUUCACAGCAACUAGAGGCUGUGAUCAGAGCACGCAUUCCAAGUAUAACAUCUUUGAUAAACAAAACUAUCGACGAUCUUGAAUCUGAGAUGGAUCACCUUGGUAGACCUAUUGCCUCUGAUGCUGGGGCUCAAUUGUACCUCAUCUUGGAGCUUUGCCGCGCGUUUGACAAAAUAUUUAAAGAACAUCUUGAUGGAGGACGACCUGGUGGUGAUCAAAUUUAUGGGGUUUUUGAUAACAAACUCCCUUCUGCUCUGCGGAAGCUUCCAUUUGACCGUUACCUCUCUGUGCAAAAUGUUAAGCGAGUUGUAUCAGAAGCAGACGGUUAUCAGCCUCAUUUAAUUGCUCCUGAGCAAGGGUACCGUCGACUGAUUGAAUCUGCUCUCAACUAUUUUAGAGGACCAGCUGAAGCUUCUGUAGAUGCUGUGCAUUAUGUUUUGAAAGAGUUGGUGAGAAAAUCCGUCGGGGAGACUCAGGAGUUGAAAAGAUUUCCAACUCUUCAAGCGGAGCUUGCUGCUGCAUGCUUUGAGGCCCUCGAGAGAUUCCGUGAAGAUAGCCGUAAAACUACUGUACGGUUGGUUGAUAUGGAGUCAGCGUAUUUGACAGUGGAGUUCUUCCGCAAGCUCCCACAGGAAGUUGAUAAGACCGGGACUGGAAACCCCGGAACUGGAAACCCUAAUACUCCUGCUGUUGAUCGUUACACUGAUGCACACUUUAGGAGGAUUGCUUCCAACGUGUCCUCAUACAUUGGCAUGGUAUCUGAAACGCUGAAGAAUACUAUCCCCAAGGCUGUUGUUCACUGUCAAGUCCGCGAAGCUAAGCGGUCCCUGCUUAACUAUUUCUACACUCAAGUGGGCAGGAAAGAUGCUAAGCAACUUGCAGUACUCCUUGAUGAGGAUCCUGCACUUAUGGAGCGCAGGCUGCAAUGCUUCAAGAGGCUUGAGCUGUACAAGUCUGCACGGGAUGAGAUUGAUGCCGUGUCAUGGACACGAUGAAGGUCUAGUACUGGAACAAAACACCACAUCCAUGACGUAUCUUGACAAGUUCGCGUAUCUACAGCAAACUGGAAGUACGCAUGCAUACUAAGAAAAAAUGUCACUUUGAAGUUUGAACAAUGCCUGGCAUAAACCUAAAUUUCUGGUUGGGUUUCUUGUCCAUGGUCAUAUAGAAGAAAUAAUUUUGCCUUGAGGUUUGAGCCGUCCUAUUUAUCAUUCCACAUAAUUCUAGUCCGUUAUUAAAACUACGUCAGCAUGGAUCAUUGGCUGGUCGGGCUGUCCACAUUUGUACAGGUACCAAACAGACAUCGCUGCCAAUUCAGUAUUGAUUGAGACUGGUAACUAGGACCAGCUGCUUAUGCUAUGCGUCACGAACUCACGAUCGUGAUUGUAAUGUCCGAACAAUCUCCGAGACCAUACCUUGGACUUUCGAAGCGUAAACAAGAAAAGGCAGCUAGUUGUUGCCCAUUACUUAAGGCAUACUAAUUUAAUCUACUGUCAUCAUGUGACGGUUAGCCAUCUAGUAGUAGUUAGUGGGAGGAAUGGUAGUAGUAAAUUCCUGUGCUGUGCAGGCCUUCCUCUUCCAGCUUUGGCUGCCCCCGUCGUCGCUGCACUUGCACGGACCGCUCCCGAGAGAGACCACACCUUAAACUACCGUUAUGGCACAUGUAGUCUCGUGGUGUUGCUGCUCGCCACAUGCCGGGCACGGGCACCUCCUAAGAACAUCCGAUCCGAUGCCAUUCAUUUUGCUUCUAGCCGGACGUCGUUGCUCGCAUGUCGUGUGUGCAGUGCCCCGGGGGGGGGGGGGUGUUCAUCUGCCGCUCCUGGGAAUAAACUUUUGAGUUGUUGCCGUCAGCUCCUGUUGUCUGUGGUCAAAUCGUCAGAACGAACAAGUGCUCCUGUAUGGGCCAAUGAUACGUACCCAAAUGGAUACGCGUUGGAAGCUUCGGUGUGUCGCGUCCGUUAGUCCACGUCUCCGGAGCACUGUUGCAAUUGACCAUGCCGAGACCACGAAACUGUGCUGUGGUGUGUUAGGAGUAUAUAUGCCAUGGAAAAUGCACAGAAAUGGACUCGACUCUUCUCACCAAGCAUUUGUACCUCGACGCAUGGAAUCUGUCCUUUGUCAAGAACGGAAGCAAUAAAUCCCAUGCACAUGUCAUUGUACGAGCAAUAAAUCCGCGUAAAAGCUUUCCCGCUAACGAUAUACGGAUUGGCAUACGGCUAAUUCUCACGUUUACACCGAGAAAUCGGAUUACGCUCAGUGUUUGAAUAUGGAUUUACCAAACGAUUACCUAUUUUUUUCAGUCUGUAACCCGUGAGAAACAAGUACAUAGACCCGGUUUCAAAUCCAUAUGGUUAGACAUGUUAGAUCCCUGGUGAGAAAUCGACCUCAGCUCAUGUGCUGCUUAGACGACUGGGUAGAUAGAAUUGAGGUGAGAGACCUUUUCGGCGAGGAAAGUUUGAUUUUUUAUUUUUUGGAACUGGGGACUUAAGAGUUGAACUAGACUCUAGACUAGCCUGCACCACGGGCCCCACCAUACCGUUUCCGUCCCGCCCUCCCUCCCAAAAUAAAUCCCAGCCAUCGCCCAACCCAAACCACAUUCCACACCGCAGGCCGCAGCACACAGCCGAGGCGCUGCUGCUGCAGCACCGAGCCAAGAAAAAUCCAAGCCCAACAACCAACCAACAAGCCAAACCAACCGCGCUGCCUGCCCCCUCUUGUUCUUGGCUUGCGCGGCGGCAGCGUCUGCGACGACUGGCCGGA